AUGGAUAAUAAAAAUAUUAUCAUAACAGCUUUAGGUGUAGGUUUAACUGGAGGAAUCAUUUAUUAUCUUUCGAAGUUUCUCAAGAGUGAACCGUUAGGUUUUUCAAGAGAUUAAGUUUUAAAGAUGAUUAAAGAAUAUAAAAGAGCAUCACUAAGGGUAUUUGUUUAGACAGCAGAAAUAGUUAAAAGAAUCAAAGAUUAAAAUGGAGGUAAAGACACACUUAAAGAAGGAAUUACAAUAAAAGAUGUCGUUAAAGAUAAUAUCAUGAAUGAUUUAAUAUAAGAAAGAGAGUAUAUAGCUAAAAGAUAUAACAUUUCUUUGGAAUAAUUUGAUAAUUAUUAUUCAAUUUAAUAUGGUGGUGAUAAAGAAAUACAAGAAGUAUGUAACUAGAUUCAAAAAACUUUCGAAAAUUCUCUGUUAGGAAUACCACCUUCCUUAGAAGUUAGUCAACAAGUUAAAGAGAAAUUUUCAGAGGAUAAAGUCAUCGAGAUGCAAAAGAAAAUUCUUAAAGCUCAAUCUAAAUAAUUUAAUAAUGUUUUCAAGGAUAUAAAGUAAGAAACUUAAUAAGAUCAUGUAGAUAUUGAAAGUGAUCUCUUUAAGUAAAAAAUAAGAGAUUUGGAUAUUCAUCAGCUCAAAACUGAUCUUCUCAAAAAAGAGGGCUUUGAGUUUGAACCUGAAUCACCUUGUGAAACAUUCGAAAAACUUUCUUUCUAAUACAAGAAAACUUCCAAAGACUAUGAAAUAAAACUAUCACAAGUGAUAAAUAUUUACAAUAAAAUAAAAUCCGAUAUGCUAUACUCCAAAGUGGAUGAUACAUAUAUUGACAUGAUAUUUAAUUGA